AUGGGGAAUUUAGCAAUCAUCAUAUUUGCUUUUGGUUUGGCGUUGAAGCCCACAAGUUCAUUGAAAAUCGAUUGUGAUAAUCCCGAUUCGAUUCAAGAGGAUCACAUACACUAUUGCUGCAAGCAUCCCGAUGGCUAUCAGGAGUUCAUUGACGCUUGUGUCAAAGAGACUGGCUUCCAGUAUGGUAAGCCCGAGGAGGAAGCAAUGGUCGAUAUAACGGUUGAUCGUGCCAUAACGGGCACCUGCUUCGGUAAAUGUGUUUUUAGCAAACUGGAAUUUCUAAAAGACAACGAAUUGGAUAUGUCUGCCGUGCGGAAGCACUUUGAGGAUAAAUUCAAAACGGAUCCGGAGUAUGCAAGGGAAAUGAUAAAUGCCUUCGAUCAUUGUCAUGACAAAUCCGUUGAACACACUACCAAAUUCCUCUCGAAUCCUUUGUUCCGCGCGACAAAUGGUGAGUUCUGCGAUCCGAGGUCGAGCGUUAUAUUGGCUUGUGUUAUACGUGAGUUCUUUCAUAAUUGUCCUGCCGAUCGUUGGUCCAAGACUGAGGAGUGCAGCACGGUUUUGGAGUUCAGCAAGAAAUGCAAAGACGCACUGACGACAAUUUAA